AUGACCCUGCGCAUUCUCGUCUCCAAGCUCUCAAACCUCAAAACCCAAACUAAACCCUCCCACUUCUUCUCCACACUCUCCUCCCCAACCCAAUCAUUCCGCUCCAUCAAAUCAAUCAUCAAAUCCCAAAAAGACCCCGAAAAAAUUGCGCACCUCUUCACCUCUCCCUCCCCUGUGGCCACUUAUCGUCGCCAUCGCCCUCUUCUCCGUCUCGCUGUACUCAAAUUGUCUCGAUUGCAGCGCCCCGAGCUUAUCGAGAAGAUAAUUAACAGUGUGAUUGCUAGUUCUAGUGAUGAUCAGCUCAAUUUGGAGUCGUUUUGGACCCACGUUGUGGUUUUGUAUGGGGAAGUUGGGAUGAUUGGGAAUGCACACCAGGUGUUUGAUAGAAUGCUUCACAGAAAAGAGACGUGCCCAGUUUCUGAAAAGGCGGUCUGUGCGAUGCUGGAGGCUUAUUUGAGUAGUGGGGUUUGUGAUUCGAGGUUUCAUAAGGUAUUUAGUGAGGUCAAGGAGAAGGUGGGGGUUUGCGCGGGAGUGAGGAGUUAUAAUUUGGUGAUGAGGGCGUUUUGUGAGGGGGGCGAGAUUGGGUUGGCUAGGAAGUUGGUUGAGAAGAUGGGGAUGGAGGGGGGUGUUGGGACAGAUAUUGAGUCUUAUAAUGUGUUGUUGGGGGCGUAUUUGGAGAAAGGGGGGACGAGUGGGUUUGAUUGGGCAGUUAAUGAGGUUUUGAGUAGGGGGUUGGAGGGGAAUUUGGUUACGUAUAAUUAUAGGAUAAUGUGGUUGUGUAAGACUAAGGAGGUUGUCAAGGCGAGGGAUUUGUUGGAUGAGAUGGUGAAGAAAGGUGUGAAGCCUAAUGCAGAUAGUUAUAAUACGAUAAUAUUGUGGUCUUGUAAGGUUGGGGAUUUGGAAUCGGCUAAGAAGGUUUUGGAGAGGAUGGUGAAAGAUGGUUAUGUUUUGCAGCGGUCGUUAGGGUACUUUAUAUUGUUGCGGGGAAUGGUUGAGGCUGGAGAGUUCGAGCCUGGAUUGGAUAUUUUUAGAGAGAGUUUGAAGAAGAAUUGGAUUCCUCCAUUUGAGACUAUGAAGGGUCUGAUAAUUGGGUUAGUGCAAAUGUCAAAAGUGGAGUCUGCCAAACAGGUGGUGGAGGAAACGGGAAAGAAGCUUAGGGGAUCUGCUGCAGAUUCUUGGAAGAAGCUUGAAGCUACUCUCCCUCCACCCCUGGUGAACAAUAGUACCGUAUAA